GGGCCUCGCUGACUCGCUGAUGGCUCCUGCUCAGCUCUUGCUGAAAUGAACAGGUGGCCGCCGGAUGCUGACAGGGAGCUGCCCGUCGGUUGGUGCUGACUGAAACUGACCGAUACUGACUGAUACUGGGCCCGGCUGCGUGGUGACAGGAGCUUUUCUCCAUAGGACAAGCAGAAGCGGUGGGAUAUUGUGCAUGUCUGUGUGGUAACAGUGUAACAGUGUAAGCUCUGAGGACACAAUGGCUUUUCGGAAUGUGGUGAAAGGGACACUUCUUCUUGGCGGAGGGGCUGUUGCAACGGUUUUUGGUCUCUCCCAUUUGACAGAUACUAAAAGAAAGGCAAAUAUUACAUAUGUGGAAGCUGCGGAACCAGUAAAGCAUGCUACCCAGAAUGAGCUCCCAUCGAGAGAGGCCCAGCUAUUGACUCUAGAAAACACCAAAGAGUUUGAUGUGUUGGUCAUAGGUGGAGGGGCAACUGGAUGCGGAUGUGCCCUGGAUGCAGUAACUAGAGGACUGAAAACAGCCCUUGUUGAAAAAGAUGAUUUCUCCUCUGGCACCAGCAGCAGAAGCACAAAACUGAUUCAUGGUGGUGUUAGAUACCUACAAAAAGCUAUCAUGAAGUUGGACAUUGAACAGUACAGAAUGGUUAAAGAAGCUCUACACGAGCGCGCCAAUCUCCUUGAGAUUGCUCCACAUUUAUCUGCUCCUUUACCCAUAAUGCUGCCAGUUUACAGAUGGUGGCAGUUGCCUUACUAUUGGGUUGGAAUUAAGGCUUAUGAUCUUGUAGCCGGAAGUCAGUGCCUGAAAAGCAGCUACGUCCUGAGCAAAUCCAAAGCAUUGGAACUCUUCCCAAUGCUGCAGAAAGACAAGCUUGUGGGAGCUAUUGUCUACUAUGACGGACAACACAAUGAUGCACGAAUGAACCUUGCCAUCGCACUCACUGCUGCCAGGUACGGCGCUGCCACAGCCAAUUAUACUGAAGUGGUGCGCUUGCUGAAGAAGACGGAUUCGGAAAGCGGCCAGGAACGCGUCUGUGGCGCACGGUGCAGGGACGUUCUCACAGGACAAGAAUUUGAUGUCCGAGCAAAAUGCGUGAUCAACGCCACCGGGCCUUUCACUGAUUCAAUACGCAAAAUGGAUAAACAAGAAGUCGCCAAUAUUUGCCAACCAAGUGCCGGCGUGCAUAUUGUGAUGCCUGGAUAUUACAGCCCUGAUAACAUGGGACUGCUUGAUCCAGCCACCAGCGACGGGCGAGUGAUUUUCUUUCUUCCAUGGGAGAAGAUGACCAUCGCAGGAACUACUGACACCCCAACAGAGGUCACCCACCACCCUAUUCCAACAGAAGAAGACAUCAAUUUCAUUCUAACAGAAGUCAAAAACUACCUUAGCAAUGACGUAGAAGUGCGAAGGGGAGAUGUACUCGCGGCUUGGAGCGGAAUCCGUCCACUGGUUACAAAUCCCAAUUCCACAGACACCCAAUCAAUAUCCCGCAAUCAUGUCGUUGAUGUGGGAGACAGUGGUCUUGUCACAAUAGCAGGUGGAAAGUGGACCACUUAUCGCUCAAUGGCGGAGGAUACUUUAGAUGCUGCUGUAAAAGCUCACAAUCUGAAAGCCGGACCUUGCAAAACAGUAGGGCUUUUCCUCGAAGGUGGCAAAGACUGGAGUCCGACGCUUUACAUCCGCCUUGUGCAAGAUUAUGGAUUGGAGAGCGAGGUCGCUCAACAUCUCGCUGCCACUUACGGUGACAAGGCCUACGAGGUGGCGAAACUGGCAAAAGUUACAGGGAAGAGAUGGCCCAUCGUUGGAAAACGCCUCGUUUCGGAAUUUCCCUACAUCGAAGCAGAGGUCAAGUACGCGUUGAGAGAGUAUGCGUGCACGGCUGUGGACCUUAUUUCACGGCGCACGCGCCUGGCAUUUUUGAAUGUCCAAGCAGCAGAGGAAGCCUUACCGCGGAUUGUCGAUAUUAUGGGAAAAGAACUGAACUGGAAGGAACAAAAAAAAAAGGAAGAAUUAGAAGCUGCAAAGCAGUUCCUGUAUUAUGAAAUGGGUUACAAAGCUCGAUCGGAGCAACUAACAGAUCGAUCCGAAAUUAAUCUGUCACCCUCCGACGUAGACAGGUAUAAGAAGAGAUUUCACAAGUUUGAUAAGGACAAGAAAGGAUUCAUUACCAUACUCGAUGUUCAGCGUGUGUUGGAGAAUAUUAAUGUUCAAGUGGAUUCGAAUAACCUUCAUGAGAUUCUCAACGAAGUUGAUUUGAAUAAAAACGGGCAAGUUGAACUCAAUGAGUUCUUACAGCUCAUGAGUGCGAUUCAAAAGGGGUUUGUGUCAAGCAGCCGACUGGCAAUGCUCAUGAAAAGUGCGGAGGAGAACCUGGAUCAGAGAGAACCGAUUCCAGUGGACCGCAGCGGCGGUGGCGUGUGAGUCUCUCUGAAAGGAGAUAUUCGUUGCUGCUUCUCUGUGUCGGACAUCAUUCCAAGCUUCUCUGGCUGCGUAUGCUACAAAACUGACGUCCAGUGUCAACCCGAAUGCUUCUUUUGUUGUUUUGUUAUUUUGUUAUUUUGUUAUUCUCUUACCUGAGCAUGCACACUAUGCUCCCAGUACCCUGUCCCGUGGUUGCCGAAACACAUUGUGAAUCUGCUUCAAUAUGCAAAGGAGAUGACUGUCUGCGCUACAGAACUCGCAGAGCCUGAAUGAACCUUUUUUAUAUUUUUCUUCUCAUUGAAAGUGUUUUGUUUCAUCUUUAUAUUCUUUUUUAAAUGUUGAUUAUAUAAAAAAAUCUAUAUGCAGAUAAGCACUGAGCAGGUUAUUCAAGUUCAUCUCAGCGAGAGAAAAGAGAAUUUUAGUUAACGGUUACUACGACGGUCUUAAUACGUUUCUUAUUUAAAAUAAAGUGAUGUUUAAACAAUUA